AGUCUUGGUGUCGUACAAUAACAAUGUCUUUCGUAUGUGAAAAAGUUGGUUCAGAAGAAUCAGCCAAGUAUGCAAUGGCGGGUGUAAAUGAUUUCAUUAGAAUUCGCAAUUCUCAACCAAAUGAUUUAAUUUCUGAGAAAUUAAGUCCUCCUGGGUAUCAUUUUAUGCACGCCAAUUUGCAAAACAGUGCCGAAGAAGUUAAGAAGUUUAAAGUGCGGAAAGAUGAUGUUUGGGUGGUUAGUUUUCCAAAAUGCGGAACUACUUGGACACAAGAGAUGGUUUGGCAGAUUUGUAACAAUUUGGACUAUGAAAAAGGAAAUACUAUUCCACUUCAUCACAGAUAUACGUAUUUUGAUAUAGGAACAUACGCCCCUGAAAGAGCUAAUUUUGAUUCCAUUGAUGCAAUGCCAUCACCUCGCCUUUUCAAAAGUCAUUUUCCUGCACCGCUAUUGCCAUAUGAUAUCUGGACAGUAAAAUCUAAGAUUAUAUAUGUAGCUAGGAAUAUAAAAGACGUCGUAGUAUCUUUCUAUCAUCAUUUCACUGGCCAUAAGGAGUCUCAAAGAACCAUGUUAGAUAUUUUGGACAAUUUUCUCGCUGAUUGUGUACUCUUUUCACCAUACGAUUCUCAUAUUAUCGAUUUCUGGAACAUGAGAAAUGAUGAAAACAUCCUCUUCCUGGCUUACGAAGAAAUGAAGAAAGACCUCAAGGAUGUGAUAAAAAGGACUGCAGAUUUCUUGGGAAAAUCUUACAACGAUGAAGAAAUUAGUGCACUUGUUGAACAUCUAUCUUUUGAUAAAAUGUCCAAGAAUGAAGCAACAAAUCGCAUAAAUGAGAUAAAGGGUUAUCAUAAAAUAAUGAAGACUGAGAUGGCUGAAAACUUCAAAUUUAUUCGAAAAGGGAAAGUUGGAUCUUACCGUGAGGAAAUGACUCAGGAAAUGGCUGAAAGAUGCGAUACGUGGAUUAGGGAAAGACUGGAAAAGAAUAAGAUUGAUCCUGAAGUUCUUGACAUUUUUAUUCCAUUUAAAUGAUUCGAAAUGAAACCAAGAAACAAAUUUUAAAGAGAUAAGCAUUUAUUUUUAUUAGAUAGAAUACUUUAGAUGAAAGAAAUGUUUUUAAACUUCGUGUGGUAUCAUAAAAUACACAAUAGUUUAUCUUUCAAAAAAAGAUCAUGUUUUUGUAUUUAUUAUUAUUUUUUUAGAUAUUUCUGGAUAAAUGGGCUAAAUAUAAUGCAAUUUGCUAAUUCUCUCAUAAAAUGUGUUGAUAUUUGUCAUUACAGGGUGAGUAAAUUGAACUGUAAUUUUUGAAA